UUCUAUGACCAAAAAAGAAUGGCUUUCACUCUCAAUCUUUUUAUUCUUUCUUCUUUGAUAGCUAUAACUUCAUUGAUGUCAUCAGCAUCUAUGGUUGAAUCAAGGUCACUCUCUAGCCCCUCUUCUUCAAGCCUCGCGGUUCGGUUGAAGGCAGAGGGCGAAUCCUCCUACUGCUGGGAUUCACUAUGGCAACUCCAAGCAUGCACUGGAGAAAUUGUUACAUUUUUUCUCAAUGGUAAGACUUACCUUGGACAUGGUUGCUGCCAAGCAAUUAGGGUGAUUGGACAUGAUUGCUGGCCCAACAUUGUUGCCUCUCUAGGAUUCACCAAUGAAGAGACUGAUGUGUUGGAGGGUUAUUGUGAUGAGGAUGUUGUUCAUUCACCUCCACCACCACCACAAUCUAUUAUUGACCCAAAAUAUAUUGUUCCAUAAAGGAACUAACUUUGGCCUUGGUGCAUGGUUUUCAAUGAAGAACUAAUAAGAGUUUUGUUUUGUUUCUUUUUUCAAUGUUUAUGUUGCCACUCUUGCUCACACUAAGUGGGAAACAUAAGUUGACAUGUAUGUACUGAAACUCUUAAUCAAUGAUAUG